CCCCCGGCCCGUCCGCCCCCGCCAUGGGGAGAACGGGCCCUCUGUGCCCGCGGACAAUGCGGACAUUGACGGGGCGCGGCCCCCCCGUGUCCCCGCAGCACCCCCAUGGCAGGAGCCGACGAGGCCCCCCCCCGCCGCCCCCCACAGCCCGCGGGCCCGGACACCACGCCCUGCCGGGCCGUGCCGCGGGUCCACGCCUUCGGGAAGGGGGGACAGGCGCUGCGCAGGGACCCCCGCGCCCCCCCCGCCAUGCGGGGCUGGCUGCGCAAGCAGGACAGCUCCGGGCUGCGUCUGUGGAAGCGGCGCUGGUUUGUGCUGGUCGAUCUCUGCCUCUACUACUACAGGGACAGCAGCGAGCAGCGAGUGCGGGGCGGCCUCCCCCUGCCCGGCUACGAGAUCCGCGUCCUGCCCCCUGCGCCCCGCGCCCCGCACGCCCCCCAGUUCCUCUUCACGGCCGAGCACCCCGGGAUGCGGACGUACUGCCUGGGGGCCGAGACAGCCGAGGAGCUGAACGCCUGGGUCUGCGCCCUGCGCCGGGGGGCAUCGCCCCUGCUCCGCUCCCCACAGGAGCCCUGGGGUGCGGGACCCCCGUCCCCCCCGUUGCCCUCUCGGUGCCCCCACCUGCACCCUCCUUGCUGCACUUCGGGCCCUCCCCUGCCCCCCAGCAAGGAGGAGGCCCCGGCCCAGGGGAGGCGCUGCGGGACCCCCAGCACCGCGCACGGCGGGACCCGGACCCGGUCCCGGAGCCUCCGCGGGGCGCCCGAACCCGCGGGAGCCGCUGUCCACGCCUUCCGGCCACGCCCCGAGCUGACCACGCCCCCAAUGGGGAGGAGCCAGCGGGAGCCGCGCCCUCCUGGAGCAGCGACCAAUCAGCAGCCGCCUCCUCCGGCCGGCAGCGGGCGGGACGCAGCGGAGCAUGACACCAUUGUCAAUCAGACGCCGGCUUCUCCAACGAACUCCUCUGAUUGGCUGCUGCCCUUCCGGGGCACCGCCUCCCCUCCCGCAGCAGCCAAUGAGACGUCGCCGAGGGGGCGAGAGGGGAUGAGUGGGCGGGGCUCUCAGCGAGAAGGUGUGGCCGGGAGCGGGGCUCGGCGGCCAAUCAGAAUCACGCUCCUACAGGCCAGCUUCUGA